ACUGAGAGGCAUUUGGUGGCCAGGUGUGUUUCCAGGAUUGAGAGACGUUUUGUCCGUGCAGUGCUCGGGGUAAACAACAAUUCUCUGGCGUAAAAAGUCCGACUGAGGGUAGGCGAUCGGGGUUUUCAGGUUUGCUGUAGCCCUUCACUUUGCUGUAAUCGUGGGUUAAGCCUUUUAUCUGUGGAGACUCAGUUUCCCCAUCUGUAAAAUGAUGUGAACCAGAUGCAUCUUCUUUCCUUCCAGUUUAGUCGGAGGGUUUCCCCUGCGCUGUUUGGCCUCAGUGUGGCAAGUUACUUUUCUCCACGCCUCAGCUUUUUGUCAAACCGGUGAUUCACCAGAUAUUCCUGCAGGAAGGCUGCUAGGAUCUCCGCAUAAAAUUGAAGUGACUUGUCCUUCAGAGGCCGCCUUUGGUUCUUCAUGAUGAAAGAAUUUGGGAUGCUUCUGUAUCCUCUGUGUAGUUGGUAGUUUGGGUGGUGAAGAGAUGGCUGACAGUGUCAAAACCUUUCUCCAGGACCUUGCCAGGGGAAUCAAGGACUCCAUCUGGGGAAUCUGUACCAUCUCAAAGCUUGAUGCUCGAAUUCAGCAAAAGAGAGAGGAGCAGCGUCGAAGAAGGGCAAGUAGCGUCCUGGCGCAGAGGAGGGCCCAGAGCAUAGAGAGGAAGCAAGAGAGUGAGCCACGUAUUGUUAGUAGAAUUUUCCAGUGCUGUGCUUGGAAUGGCGGAGUAUUCUGGUUCAGUCUCCUCUUGUUUUAUCGGGUGUUUAUUCCUGUACUUCAGUCAGUAACUGCCCAAAUUAUUGGUGAUCCGUCUCUACAUGGAGAUGUUUGGUCGUGGCUGGAAUUCUUCCUCACAUCAAUUUUCAGUGCUCUUUGGGUGCUCCCCCUGUUUGUGCUUAGCAAAGUUGUGAAUGCCAUUUGGUUUCAAGAUAUAGCUGACCUGGCAUUCGAGGUAUCAGGGAGGAAGCCUCACCCAUUCCCCAGUGUUAGCAAAAUCAUUGCUGACAUGCUCUUCAACCUUCUGCUUCAGGCUCUUUUCCUCAUCCAGGGGAUGUUUGUGAGUCUCUUUCCAAUCCACCUUGUUGGUCAGCUGGUUAGUCUCCUGCAUAUGUCCCUUCUCUACUCACUAUACUGCUUUGAAUAUCGUUGGUUCAAUAAAGGAAUUGAAAUGCACCAGCGGUUGUCAAACAUAGAGAGGAACUGGCCUUACUACUUUGGAUUCGGUUUACCUUUGGCUUUCCUCACAGCAAUGCAGUCCUCAUAUAUUAUCAGUGGCUGCCUCUUCUCCAUCCUCUUUCCGUUAUUCAUUAUCAGCGCCAACGAGGCGAAGACCCCUGGCAGAGCCUACCUUUUCCAGUUGCGCCUCUUCUCCUUGGUGGUUUUCUUAAGCAACAGACUCUUCCACAAGACGGUCUACCUGCAGUCUGCCCUGAGUAGCUCAACCUCUGCAGAGAAGUUCCCUUCGCCGCAUUCGUCUCCUGCCAAAAUGAAGGCUGCUGCAGGCCACUGAGUCCCCUGCCAUACAGGGGGAAUGAGUGGAAUUGGAGGGGGCCCCUGCAGUGUUUCCUUGUUCACCUCCCCCACCAGGGAAGGCAGGACCCCCUCUGCCAAGGACCCUCUGCAUAUUUCCUCCUGAGGAAUUGGGAUUUUUGUCUCUGGUGCACUGACACCAGUAUGUGGAUUUUUAACACCUGUGAGUCUGAAAGGACCACAGGUUUUUCUGCAGCUCUUUUCUAGCAUUUGCCAGCCCCCGUGCCUGGACUGAUUUGAAUACUUUUUCUUCCCGUGCCAUUUACCCUCCCACCUCCCCUUCCUGCCUUCCACCACCCUUGGAUGAAUGGAUUUUGUAAUUCUCGCUUUUGUAUUUUGUGGACCUGUUAUUUUUGUUGUUUUUCUGUGAAGCACAUAUAUCGGAUGUGGGAGGUAAAGGAGUAUCUCAGUUGCUCCUGGCCACUCCCUUUAUAGCCAUCACUGUCUUGUUUCUUGUAACUCAGGUUAGAUUUUGGUCUCUCUUGCUCCACUGCAAAAAAUAAGCCUGAAAAGAUGGGACAGGAGGAAAGACCUCACAGCCAGAUCUGCUGGGUUUUAAGGAUUGAUUUUUCUUCCCCUUGAAGGGGAAAAAAAGCUUUUUUCUUUGGUACAUUUCAAGUUCCCCAACUAUAGGGAGGUACCAGUUUUGGAUAAGUGCCACUGCAACACAGAAUGCUCAGAGAACCUGAACUUUUAAACUCUGCAGGUCUGAAAUUUACUGUCGGCCACUGUCGGGUCUGUCUGGUGUUUCAAAGGAAUAUUGGGUGCUGCAAAUAGGAACUGAAGGGGUAAACUUAUUAAACCCAUUAAACCUGUGAUUGGUGUUUUUCUGUCAUUUUAAAUAAACUAAGUAUGGGGGAGGGGACAGAUGUCAAAACACUUGUACAAUUUUAAAAUGUCACAAUUAAACGUGAGCUGGUUUCCCA